AUGCGGCUAAUGCUAGCGUCUGUCAGAGCAGCUGAAGCUAAUGUGGCUAAUGCGGCUAAUGCUAGCGUCUGUCUCGCGGCGGAGCGGAACGAUGACGGGGGGUUCCGGGUCGGUUCUGGGUCCGGGCGGGAUGGAGCUCAUACCUCUUCACCGCCGCCGACAAAGACGUGUGAAGAAAAGUCCGAGUCUAUAGACCAGGCCCCCCCAGCUCCCCUGCCCCCCCAGCACCAGGACCAGCACCAGGACCAGCACCAGGACCAGGACCAACCCCACAUCGACCCUAACGCCUGGAUACAAGUGGAGCGUCGACACCGCAACCAGUCCGGGAAAUCCACGGAACCUGCCCUUGCCCCUCCCCCUCAGCAGGAGGAGCUGGACUUUUUGUUUGAUGAGGAAAUGGAGCUGAUUGGCCGGAGGAACCGCUUCACCGAUUGGUCGGACGAAGACGAGGACUCUGAUUAUGAACUGGACGACACUGACGUAGACAAACUGCUCAUUGUCACGCAAACGCCGCCGUAUCUACGGAAACACCCGGCUGGCGAUCGCUCCGGCAACCACGAGUCACGAGCCAGGAUCACGGCCGACCUUGCCAAGGCCAUCAACGACGGCCUCUACUACUACGAACAAGAUCUGUGGAAGGGCGAGGAGGAGGGGGAGGUCUUGACCAGUCUGCGAGGCCCGUCUGUGAGGCCCGCUGGAGAACAGGGACCAGUCUGUGAGGCCCGCUGGAGAACAGGGACCAGUCUGCGAGGCCCGCUGGAGAACAGGGACCAGUCUGCGAGGCCCGCUGGAGAACAGGGACCAGUCUGUGAGGCCCGCUGGAGAACAGGGACCAGUCUGUGA